GUAUAUAGGGUCGAUCUCGUCACGUACAGGUAUUUAAAACACGGGACAACACUGAAGGUCGAAAGAACAGGGAAGCCAUGUUAGAUUUACAGUGAACUACUCAUGUGACCCAGACACCAGACAUGCUGCACCCCCGGCGCAGUGCCCAGGACGUCCUACUGUGCGAUUCCUGUGAAACUGCCCCCCCACAGAGUCACUGUGAACGUUGUAAUAUAAAUCUCUGUACUAACUGUGUAGGAAAACAUCUCUUGGAUUCGUCUAGAAAACACCGAGUCAUACCGUUCAUAGAGAAAAGUUCUACUCCCAACAACCUAAAAUGUCCCAGUCACCCCGACAAACAAUGUGAACUUCACUGUGAGAAAUGCGACCUUCCCGUCUGUUCUACCUGCGCCUUAUUUGGUAAACAUAAAGGUCACGAUAUAUCAGAUAUUCAGAAAAAACUCAGCGCUAAAACACAACGUUUACGAAAAGAUUUGGAAGAACUCGAGACCAAAAUUUAUCCCCGAUAUAAAGAAAUUGUCUCCGAUGUCCAAACUGAGAAAACCGAGUUAAAAACGAAGUACGGGAAACUGACCACAGCUGCCGACCAACAAGGAGAAAUCUUACACCGGGAGAUUACCGCCAUUGUCAACCAACGGAAAUCCGACAUUGCGGAGAUGAAAACUAAACAUCUGGCUGCCUUAGAUAAAAACACAGAUGAAAUCACACACAGUAUUACUGAACUCAAACAAAUCAUUCUAAACCUGAAGGCAAUAUUGGAAUCCAAUGACGUCUCCCUAAUCUCUACCUACAAAUCUAGGAAUGCCGAGUUCAGGAGAGUACCCCCAAAAGUCCAAGCUACAUUACCAAGUUUGUCAGCUCAGAAAAUAAACACAGAACAGCUCCAUGAAAUGUUUGGUUCUCUGCCGCCAUUAUCCAUUAACACAGAAGAACAAGGCUACACAAUGAAGUCAGCAGAAGCUGUAUCGUCUCCUCCAGUCAAACCACUGCUUGAUGAACCGCGCGUCACCGCCACCAUAGACACUGGGUAUAGCGGACUAUACAGUGUUAGCUGUGUCAGUGAAGAACAAGUCUGGACACGCGGGAGUAACGAAAUCAUGAAACUCCUCAACCUCCGGGGUAAACUACUGACAUCAAUAAAAACCAAGUCAGGGAAAGUACCAGAGGACAUAGCAGUGACACGGGCCGGAGAUCUUGUUUAUACUGACUAUAGUGAUAACACUAUAAACCUGGUCAAGAAUAAAAAGAUACAAACCGUGAUCACACUACAGGGGUGGAGACCUCUCGGUGUCUGCCGUACCGCCUCUGAUGAUCUCCUGGUUACCAUGAACAGUGAUGAUAAAACACAAUCCAAAGUCGUGCGUUACUCCGGCUCUACAGAGAAACAAAGCAUUCAGUUUGAUGAUCAAGGUCGUCCUCUCUAUUCAUCUGCUCGUCGCAUCAGUGAGAACAGGAACCUGGAUAUCUGUGUGGCUGACUGGGGAGUUAAUGCAGUAGUGGUGGUCAAUCAGUCAGGAAAACUCCGAUUUAAAUACACUGGUCAUCCCUCUAAUACCGAGCAAUCAUUUGAUCCAGCCGGCAUCACUACAGACAGCCAGAGUCACAUCCUGACAGCAGACUGUCUCAAUCACCGUAUCCACAUCCUAGAUCAGGACGGACAGUUCCUCCGUUACAUUCACUGUGAUUUAGAGUAUUCAUGGGGUUUAUGUGUGGACAUCAGAGACAACCUCUUUGUGGCUGAGUUUGACACUGCUAAAGUGAAGAAAAUCCAAUAUCUAUAAACACAGUGUUAAUUACACAUCUCUACACAGUGUUAAUUACACAUCUCUACACAGUGUUAAUUACACAUCUCAACAGUGUUAAUUACAGAUCCAAACACGGUGUUAAUUACAGAUCUAAGCACGGUGUUAAUUACAGAUAUAAACACCAUGUUAAUUACCUAGCUAUUUAAACCUACAGGUACAUGUACUUAAAGUAGCUAUUUCUACUUACUUUUACCUGUUUUUGAAAAUAUAAAUAAAUAAUGAUUAAGGAGUAUCUUUUAAACAGGUCAGUCGUUUUAUGUAGCAUGUUGUGCAUGUGCACGGCAAAAUUCGGAGUGUAAAUUUGAAUAUUUUAUGAGGGUGGAGAAUGCAGAGGAAAUGCAUGAAAAUUCGCCCCAAAAACCUUUAAUGUAAAAAUGCAUAAAGGUAGACUUUAAAAUUAAUACAGAUUUGUAAGACAUUUUACGCUUUUUAUCACGUAGCUUUGAUCCUAAGCUCAUAAAAAAUGGAACUGGGUGUUGUUAUUGAUGCAAAUUUGAAAGGUUAGAAAGUAAAAAAAAUUUGUCCAAUAUUUUUGUGGUAUUCAUCGUCAGUGUAAGUGAAUCAAGAUAUUUGGUACACGCCUUAUUGCGCCGUUCCUGCGUUUGACCACGAAAUGCAAGUAAAGGAAAAAGUAGGUAAAAAUACCUACCUGGAGUAGGUUUAAAUACCGACGUAGCUAUAAGUAGCUACAUAGGUAGAAAUAGUCUUUGGACUGGACCUUUUUAAAACUGUAAGUAAUUACAACUAUGUGAUGCUUACAAAAGUGUGUAUGCUGUGUAAUUAACAUGUGUAUUGAUAAAGUUAUAUUUAUCUUAGGCCUAUAUUGAACAUUAUUCUGUUUGUCAAGUUUUAAACUACAGUGUAUAUCUUUUGAUAUUUGUAUUAUGUUUCAAUGUAUAUAUUAUAGAUAAACAUUCAUAGAAUACCAUC